AUGGUCAAAUUUUUUUUUUUAAAAAAAAGUGUAAUUGAGCAAUUUUUCUUCUCUCCUUGCUUAAACCCUUCUUCAGUUCUUCCUCUCAAAACCCUCGAAGAAAAACAGCAGCUUGGAGUUGUAGUCGUAUCUCUCUCUAGUCGGAGGCGCCUGUGCCAAUCAUCUCCCCGUGCUGCUGCUAUUUUCGGAAAAAAUAUGGAAAAGGCUGGAAAAACUAAGAAGGGUUAUUUUCCGGGGCCUGAUUACCAGGAAGAUAACAAGGAAUCUCUUAUUGAUAUUGAAAUGGAUGAUGAUACUGAACUUUGGCUCAUUCAGUUGCCUGAUGAUCAAUUUCCUGAUUUAGAUGGGCAAAAAGUGUCACUAGAUCUUGAUGCAGAUGGACUCUUGGGCAGUGUUGAGGGAAAAUCUGGUAAAGUUUAUAAUUUUGUCAAUUAUCCAUCCGAGGUGGAAGAUGUUACAGUCUUUCUAUCCUCUCCAUCUGGUCCGAAAGUUGCUGGGAAGAUUUCACGGCAUGUUUCGCUGGUUAAUUUUCCAGAUCCAGAAGAACUAAUAGCCCUUGAAAAUGAUACAAAAAACCAAGGGCCAAUGAGUUCUAUGACAAAUUCUUCACGUAAUUUUUCAACUCCUUCAAGGAGUCAGAAAACUCCACAUUCACAAAGUAGGAGCCGGUCUUCUCUUACUACCAGCAAAAGAAGCUCUCGAUCAGAGGUAACUGAUGUAUCAAAACAGUCAAAAAGAACCAAUGGUGAGUCAUCCAGGUACACCAAUCAAUCUACUCAAGACUCGGGGCGGGGCCGAAGUGAUGUUAGUCAUGUGACCUAUUCAGGCUCAUCAGAGCUUUCGCAACGAAAGAAAUCAAAGAGGAAGACAGAUAGUCAAGUUUGAUAAUGUCUGUAACUUGUCGAAGAAUGUAUUACCAUGCAUUUUGCACAACGAUUGCAACAUUUUAAUAGAUAAUCUUUGUGUUUUCAGCAAGGAUGUGUUCAUAUUUUUAGAGAAUGUUUUUCAGUAACUGCUUUGGCUUGUGAUUAAGUUUAAACUUCAUUUUGACAUGAAUUGAAAUUAAUCCGAUAUGGCUAACUGAAUCUUGCUGGUCGUU